CCGUAGAGAAAGGAGGCCCCUGGUGGUGGUUGUUUGUAAGAAACCCCGUAGUGAAUCGCUUUGCGCUUAAUGCAACACAAAUCCAAAAUGGCAGGAGCUGAUGGAGACGAUUCCCUCUACCCUAUCGCGGUGCUCAUUGACGAGCUUCGUAAUGAGGAUGUGCAGGUAAUCACCGAUGCUCUGUUCAUACGACGUUCAAAUGGGAUAUUAUAUUGGUGGUAUUUGUUUCACUUAAACAUGUCUGAUUUCAAAAAGGAUAGUAAGCUAACAUCCCGAGGCCUUUUGGCCUGUUCAUGAAGUCUCAGCCCUGCGCACCCAGUCUGGCUAACUAGCUGUCUAGCGUGUUACUUGGUGUGAUACAUAUCAAACGGAAUAGCUGCAUGUCGUAUUUAGUUACAACCAAAAAUGUAUAGCUAGCUAACUAACUAGUUAUUUGACGGUGUAAAAGUAACUGCUGCUAGCUAAUGUUAGCUAGUUAAUGGGUCACUUGGUUAGCUAGCUAGUGUGCCGGGCUAUCUAUGCUACUGUAGUUAGCAGCGAACUAGUUAAUAAACGUUAACUAUCUAGCUAGCUCAAAUUCGUAUGUUAGCUUGCAGAUGAACCUAGCUACUUGUUUUAUUAUUGAAAUAUCAAUGUACAAUACAUACAUGAUAACGUUACUGUAUGCUAAUUAGCAAGCUCAAAUAUGUUUAAAGCUGCUAACUACGUAGUUUCCUUGUUGUACCUGCCGGUCAUCCAGCUCCACCCUGGUAAUGGUAGUGAGAUUAUCAUUAUUUUCAUGUUGUAACUAACUUGUUAGCUAGGUAACUAUUAACAUGGUUAGGUAUGUACUAUAUCUGCAUCUUGCUUUGGUGUCUCUGAAAUCAUUACAAAAACACACACAUUUUCUAUACUCUAGAAAAAAGUUGUAUCAUGUUCAUAGGAAUGCACCUAAAUGGGAACACAUGUUUCUUCUCUGAAAUGCUCACAUCUGAAAUAGUCUUUAUAGUUUGCCUCACUGAAAUGCUAAGAAUCUUUUUAUGGAUAAUGGUGUCUCCUCUUGUAAGUUUCAUGUAAUAACAUCACCUGUCAUUGUUUACUUUCCAAGCUGCGACUGAACAGCAUCAAGAAGCUGUCUACCAUCGCACUGGCCCUUGGAGUGGAGAGGACACGCACUGAACUCCUCCCCUUCCUCACAGGUAUGUCUUCACCUUAAGACCCCAGUUACAGCCAUCCUCAUGAGUCAUGAGUAAAGACUUGUGAAAGGCUAAUAAUUCUGACUGAGUCAACACUCUUUAAAGAGAUUCACCGGACAUUGCACAACCAGCAUCAACAUUGGCACUUUGCUGGAAAUUGUUCUGAGAUAGCAUGCAUUGAAGCCAGUAGAAUUCAUCAAUCUAAUUGUGUUGUCAUGCCAAUGAUGUUUCACACCUGACCUCUUGUAGACACCAUCUAUGAUGAGGAUGAGGUGCUUCUUGCCUUGGCUGAGCAGCUGGGCAACUUCACCAUGCUGGUGGGAGGCCCAGAAUAUGUUCACUGUCUGCUGGUAUGUAUCUGGCAUUGAGCAUAUAAGAUGCAUACAGAUAUUCAACACAAUUUGACAGAGUUAGGUGUACAUGCAUGGGUUUUCUCAACAUAUCCAGUCAGCUACACUACAUAUACAUACACAUACUUAUGUCCCUUUGUCUUUCUCCGCAGCCGCCUCUGGAGAGCCUGGCUACCGUGGAGGAAACGGUGGUGCGAGACAAGGCGGUGGAGUCUCUGCGCAAGAUCUCCCAGGAGCACUCUCCUGUGGACCUGGAGGUGCACUUUGAGCCCCUGGUGAAGAGGCUGGCCAGUGGUGACUGGUUCACCUCCCGCACCUCUGCCUGUGGCCUGUUCAGCGUCUGCUACCCCCGCGUGUCCAGCACCGUCAAGGCUGAAAUUCGCCAGUGAGUAGCUAUAUCAGGAGGGAUGUAUCUAAGACCUGAUUAGCGAAGAUCCCAGGGGGAUUGAAAUAUGGUCUAUUAUGUGUGUCCCCAAUAAUCACUAGGAGCAUAAUAUUAGAGUUGCGGACAUUACUUUGGCUCAUAUCAGGGGCUAGUCACACACUAGCCUUGCAGUCCCAAAUCAAUCAGAUCGGAAUGAUUAGCUACACUCUUUCUGUAGAGGAGAUACAAUGGAAGUAUGGUCUGACGGUGGGUGGUAUGUUCUCUCCACAGGCAUUUCCGCACUCUGUGCUCAGAUGACACUCCAAUGGUGCGCCGCGCCGCAGCCUCCAAGCUUGGGGAGUUCGCCAAGGUUCUGGAGCUGGACUAUGUCAAGAGUGACAUCAUCUCCCUCUUCACUGCACUGGCCUCCGAUGAGCAGGUACUCUAUACACGCACACAGGGCGUUCUGUGACAUUGCGGUGGGAAGUGCCUGGAAUUCUACCAGCCAAUUCCUAAAUCGACUGGCCAGUGGAAAUAACAUGGCCAUACAAAAUAUGUUUUUGAAUGGGGAUGGAUGAAUAUUGAAUGGGAAUAGAACAAUCAUAUUUCAGCUAAUUCAGUAGGUAGCCCCAACUGGGACUCAAAACCGGGUCUAGCUAUUGUUAACCCAACGCCUCAGCAGUUAAACCAUGAAAUCCGUCCCAUGGGGAUCGUGUGUUCACACGAUGCAUUUCUAUGGUGUUGCUACAGUAUUUUAUUAAAUUGGCACAAUGAGAAAUAAUCCCAUGAUCCCCCCGACUGUAGGACUCAGUGCGCCUGCUGGCGGUGGAAGCCUGUGUGAGCAUCGCCACGCUGCUGCCCCAGGAGGACCUGGAGACCCUUGUGAUGCCCACCCUGCGCCAGGCCGCCGAGGACAAGUCCUGGAGGGUCCGCUACAUGGUGGCCGACAAGUUCUCUGAGGUAAGCAUGUGGAAACAUUGAUAUGUUGCAUGUAGCCAUAAUGCCUCUAAAAUAUUUGCUGCUUUACUGAACCUGGAAUGGAAGCAAUGGGGGCCGACAUUCAAUGCUUCACAGAUGGUCACUUUAAAAGGGUGAUUUUUGUAGUUUUUAGUGUGCCUAUCCGUAACGUUUUUGUGGUAAAUUGAGAAAUAGAUUUUUCAAAUUUGGUGGAGGUAUUUGCACAAAUGUUGCUAUCAUUUUAGUCUAGUAGGAUGAGUUAUAUUUUCAGUUGUUUUACUGUAUUGAACUUAAGUAAUACAAUGCUCCAAGGGGAAAGUAGAGUGGACAUGGAUAGCAGGACAAUUAUGGGGGCCUGUAAUGUUCUUAGUCCCCCAGCGUAGAACUUUCUUAAUGUCCUCAUUGCCACUUACGUUCACUACACUAACCCAUUGAUUUCUAACCCAUAUGACAUUCUGUUGUCAUUUAGUAUAAAAUGGGUCAUAUUGCCACUGUUUCAUAAUAUGUUGUAGAAGUUCAGUCAAUCAAUGUAAAAACUUUCAUGCAACCUCACACACGUUAAAGCUUAGCAAAUGUUUUUUUGUGCACCACACUUACUGAAAGGUCCCCUACCACCUUCCCCCUCGCCACCAUGGCCUUUGGGAGCCUGUGUUCCCAACCCAAAUUCCAUGAGUUUAGUGUGUUGAUCAGCAAAUCUCAGAGCAAGGUUUGAAGGUGGGAUCGUGUCAGGGCCGUAGAUAGAGAUCUCUGCUGGAUGUUAAUUGCUAUGUCUAGUCUGUGGUAGGAGUAGAAGUUCCCUCAGCCAAUUCAACAGUUGGCAGGAAACUUCCACACAAAUUAAAGCCUGGCAAUGGCAAAUAGUUUUGUGCACUUUCCCCCUUGCUACCAUGGACUUUGUAGCCUAUGUGUUCACAACCUGAAUCCCAUCAGUUCAGUGUCUUAGUCAUGGAGUAUCACACACAGGUUUAGUGGUGGAUGUUAAUUGCCAUGUCACUGAUUCCACAGCUCCAGAAAGCGGUUGGCCCAGAGAUCACCAAGAAUGACCUGGUCCCAGCCUUCCAGAAUCUGCUCAAGGACUGCGAGGCUGAGGUCCGAGCCGCCGCCGCCAACAAGGUCAAGGGUGAGUGUCUGGAUGCUAUCCGCCAGUCCAUAGAAAGCCUCUGUUGAAUAAAAUAGAACGGUUUGAAUGAGAAGCUUUUACGUCUAAUAGACCACGGUAUUUACAAACACCAUUCCUGUCCUCAGAGUUCUGCGAGAACCUUCCAGAAGACAGCAGAGAAACCAUCAUCAUGACUCACAUUCUGCCCUGUGUCAAGGUAUAAAAAAAACAGUCACUGUUCACUUUUAUCCCUUUUUUAUUCUGCUAAUUUACGUGCGCUGGUGUCUUUGACCUGUCAAUUUCUCACUUGAUGGAAGUAACUCCUAGCACCCAUGACCAACGAAGGGGCAAAAAAAGCAUUUAUCUUUUCAAAAAUGUAUAGCUGUAGUGCUUUAGACGAGCAGUCCUGUGUUCUGAAGUCUUGACAAUAACGCGAGUUAAGCAAAUUCUCGUGUUCAGACGUGAAAAUGCACAAGCAGUGGAUAUUUUUAGACACCCACAAAUCAAUUUCUAGCGUUAUAGUUAAACUGAUUAACCUGUUGUUCUUGACCGUACUUUCUAUACGUGAGCCGGGAGGAUAUUAUGCUUCGUAGGUUGGGGCCUAGGAAGAGAUGAGGACUUGAGCUCAGUAUAGCUUUUGGACAGCAGGGGGUACUGUUGUAUUUAAAAUGUCUACCAAACCACCACACAACACCUAUUCACUGUCGAUGUGUUAGAACUCACUGGUUGGUUCCUGAGUUUAAAUGACGGCCCUUCUUAUAUUGUUUUGGAAAUAUAUUUUUGGGCAAUAAAUCUCUUCUAGGAACAACCCCAGCAUAAAAUACAAAAGUACAAUUAUAGCCUAUACCAUCUUUUUGUGAAAUCCCAAGUCCUUAUCAAAUGUUAUUCAAAGCUGGUCCAAAUAUGACAGAAAUACAGUAUAUGAGCUAGGUGCUGCUAUUAUUAACCAAUGUGGGAUAAAUGGCAAACUGUUUUCAUGAAAGCAUUUGAGAAUAUAAGAACUUGCGGAAAUGCACUAAAUGACCAAAAGUAUAUGGACACCUGCUCAUCAAACAUCUCAUUCCAAAAUCAUGGGCAUUAAUAUGGACUUGGUCCCACCUUUGCUGCUAUAACAGCCUCCACUCUUCUGGGAAGGCUUUCCACUAGAUGUUGGAACAUUGCUGCGGGGACUUGCUUCCAUUCAGCCACAAGAGCAUUAGUGAGGUCGGGCACUGAUGUUGGGCGAUUAGGCCUGGCUCGCAGUUGGUGUUCCAAUUCAUCCCAAAGGUGUUCGAUGGGGUUGAGGUAAGGGCUCUGUGCAGGCCAGUCAAGUUCUUCCACACCGAUCUAGACAAACCAUUUCUGUAUGGGCCUCGCAUUGUGUACGGGGGCAUUGUCAUGCUAAAACAGGAAAGGACCUUCCUGAAACUGUUGCUACAAAGUUGGAAGCACAGAAUCAUCUAGAACAUCAUUGUAUGGUGUAGCGUUAAGAUUUCCCUUCACUGGAACUAAGGGGCCUAGCCCAAAGCAUGAAACAGCUCCAGACCAUUAUUCCUCCUCCACCAAACUUUACAGUUGGCACUAUGCAUUCGGGCAGGUAGCGUUCUCCUGGUAUCCGCCAAAACCAGAUUAGUCUUUCGGACUGCCAGAUGGUGAAGCUUGAUUCAUCACUCCAGAGAAUGAGAUUUCACUGCUCCAGAGUACACCAGCUUCGACGCUCAUUGGAUGUGGCAGGGCUUGCAAACUAUUACAGACUACAAAGUGAAGCACAGCCGCGAGCUGCCCAGUGACACGAGCCUACCAGAUGAGCUAAAUUACUUCUAUGCUCGCUUCGAGGCAAGUAACACUGAAACAUGCAUGAGAGCAUCAGCUUUUCCGGACGACUGUGUGAUCACGCUCUCCGUAGCCGAUGUGAGUAAGACCUUUUAAACAGGUCAACAUUCACAAGGCUGCAGGGCCAGACGGAUUACCAGGACGUGUACUCCGAACAUGCGCUGACCAAGUGUCUUCACUGACAUUUUCAACCUCUCCCUGUCUCACCGACAAUGACGAGACAGCGUAUAGGGAGGAGGUCAGAGACCUUGCCGUGUGGUGCCAGGACAACAACCUCAACGUGAUCAAGGCAAAGUAGAUGAUUGUGGACUACAGGUAAAAGAAGAGGACCGAGCACGCCCCCAUUCUCAUCGACAGGGCUGUAGUGGAGCAGGUUGAGAGCUUCAAGUUCCUUGGUGUCCACAUCACCAUCAAACUAACAUGGUCCAAGCACACCAAGAUAGUCGUGAAGAGGGCACGACAAAACCUAUUCCCCCUCAGGAGACUGAAAAGAUUUGGCAUGGGUCCUCAGAUCCUCAAAAGGUUCUACAGCUGCACCAUUGAGAGCAUCCUGACUGGUUGCAUCACUGCCUGAUAUGGCAACUGCUCGGCCGCCGACCGCAAGGCAAUACAGAGGGUAGUGCGUAAGGCCCAGUACAUCACUGGGGCCAAGCUUCCUGCCAUCCAGGACCUCUAUACCAGGCGGUGUCAAAGACUCCAGCCACCCUAGUCAUAGACUGUUCUCUCUGUUACCGCACGGCAAGCGGUACCGGAGCGCCAAGUCUAGGUCCCAAGAGGCUUCUAAACAGCUUCUACCCCUGAACAGCUUCUAAGACUCCUGAACAUCUAAUCAAAUGGCUACCCAGACUAUUGGCAUUGCCCCCCCACCCCUCUUUUACGCUGCUGCUACUCUCUGUUUAUUAUCUAUGCAUAGUCACUAAUAACUCUACCUACAUGUACAAAUUACCUCGCCUAACCGGUGCCCCCGCACAUUGACUCGGUACCGGUACCCCCUGUAUAUAGCUUUGCUAUUGUUAUUUUUACUGCUGUUCUUUAAUUAUUUGUUACUUUGAUUUCUUAUUUUAUAUUGUUUUAUUUUUAGAUUUUUGGUAUUCUUAAAACUGCUUUGUUGGUUAAGGGCUUGUAAGUAAGCAUUUCACUGUAAGGUCUACACCUGUUGUAUUCGGCGUAUGUGACAAAUACAAUGUGAUUUGAGUCCAAUAGCGGCGAGCUUUACACAACUCCAGCCGACGCUUGGCAUUGCGCAUGGUGAUCUUAGGCUUGUGUGCGUCUGCUUGGCCAUGGAAACCCAUUUCAUGAAGCUCCCGACGAACAGAGGCAGUUUGGAUCUCUGUAGUGAGUGUUGCAACCGAGGACAUGCACUUCUGCACUCAGCGGCCCCAUUCUGUGAGCUUGUGUGGCUUACCAGUUUGCGGCUGAGCCGUUGUUGCUCCUAGACGUUUCCACUUCACAAUAACAGCACUUACAGUUGACCUGGGCAGCUCUAGUAGGGCAGACAUUUGAUGAACUGACUUGCUGGAAAGGUGGCAUCCUAUGACUGUAAGGCCAUUUUACUGACAAUGUUUGUCUAUGGCGAUUGCAUGGCUGUGUGCUCGAUUUUAUACACCUGUCAGCAACGGAUGUGGCUGAAAUGGCAAAAUCUACAAAUUUUGAAGGGGUGUCCACAUACUUUUGUGUGUGUAAAUGUCUGGUCUGUAGAGCAGAGUAACGCUUCACAGCACCGGAUCAGCUUGCGUAAACAGAUGAUUCAUUUCAACACAGAGGCUAAUUUCUGCUUACCUUUUCCACAACGGCACUGUAUUCUAUGGGCAGGAUGUGGACUUGUGGCCUUAUACACCUCUUGAGGAACAUUGUAAUAGUGAUUCUCUAACUUUUUCCGAUGCCACUUUUCACCUGAGGGAAAUAACAAUGUAGCAAUAAUAUUGUCACAUAAUAUUGCCCUAUUUGAAAAGACCUGAUUUGCUGUCCCUGUCCACUGCAAUAUCUGACUCUUUCUCUUCUGACAGGAACUGGUGUCUGACACCAACCAGCAUGUGAAGUCUGCUCUGGCCUCUGUCAUCAUGGGCCUGUCCACCAUUCUGGGCAAAGACAACACAGUAGAACACCUGCUGCCUCUGUUCCUGGCCCAGCUCAAGGACGAGGUAAUCACCUUUGAUUCAUUACUGCUCCUAUUCGUUCUAUUCAUUAGGCACCAAAUGGCAGAAAAGGGCGGCAGGUAGCUUAGUGGGUAAGAGCGUUGUGCCAGUAACCGAAAGGUCGCUGGUUCUAAUCCCCGAGCCGACUAGGUGAAAAAUCUGUCGAUGUGCCCUUGAGCAAGGCACUUAACCCUAAUUGCUCCUGUAAGUCGCUCUGGAUAAGAGCGUCUGCUAAAUGACCAAUUAUUAUUAAUUAUUAAAAUAGGCUGAAAUUGGGAGGGUGGGAAGGAAUUCUUGGACUAGGCAAAAUAUCUUCUAUGUCUAAUCUGAUCACCCCCUUAAUAUCCUCUAAUGCUAUUGGCCAGGCUCAGGAUCAGAUGUACCUGGCUGGCUCCCUACCGGAGUAUAAACCUAGGGAUGGCCCUUAGAGCGUUUGAACCUUUUUCCUGGUGACAUAUGUUCUAGUGGUGGUAGGCUAUUUGAGGUUUUCAUUCUGUGUGGAUUCAUGCUGACAUAUCCUUCCUAAAUGAACCUGUAUCGCAGCCAAAAUCCAGAUGACUUAAGACGUCGGCGCUAGCGGACUACAUUUACAUACAGUGCCUUUGGAAAGUAUUCAGACCUUUUACUUUUUCCACAUUUUGCUAGGUUACAGCCUUAUUCAAAAAUUUAUAAAAUUGUUUUUUCCCCCUCUAUUUACACAAAAUCUAAAAAAAAUCAGGUUUUUGCUUUGUCAUUAUGGGGAAAUAUGACAAAGCAAAAACAGGUUGUUAUACAUUUUUGAUAAUUUAUCAAUAAACUGACAUUUACAUAAGUAUUCAGACCCUUUACUCAGUACGUUGUUGAAGCACCUUUUAGAAUAAGGAUGUGAUGUAACAAAAUGUGGAAAAAGUCAAGUGGUCUGAAUACUUUCCGAAGGCAUAUGGUGGAUUAGUAAUACUGGAGUGGGAAGGUUUGGGUAGAUGACGUGAAUUGCCCUGCAAAAAAUAAAGGUGCACAAAUACACUGAGACAUGGUUGGCUGUCAUCUAUGACAGCCUUACUAUUAAAAGAUGUUCUAGUUUGCAUUGCAGCCAACGCUGAGUUGACAGGGUUUGUGUCAUAAAGGAUUAGUCCGAACGGACAACUGGGGUGCAAAACGCCCCGAAUGACUCACGGAUAUAAACAUUAUCUGUAUUCUUCAAUAUUUCUAAUACAAAUAUUUAGUCCUUGGAUUGUGUACUGUCCCUCAGCUGGCUGCCAUCUCUGUCGUAUCCUAUUUGGCUUGAUGUGAAGUGUAAAAUCUGUCUGCACAUUCGGAGGCUAAGAAUCAAGUGUCUGGGACUGGCAGCAUGAGUUGGGGACGAGCGGAAGGUCUUUGGCAAUUAUUUUAGCCAUUGUUUAUAAUGUUGAGAUUGGAGCCAAUAAAGGUGUCAUUACAAGCAGAUGGGGAUGCAUAAGCAAUAGCUCAGAUUUUCUGUCACAAUGAUUUUUUCCACCUUAAGAACGCUUGAAAUAAAAUGACGUUCAUUCUUAAAGGAAGACGGACAUAUGAAAUGUAAUGUUCCCUAAUGUAAUUAUCCCCACGACCUAUACAAGAGAUCUCUCUCACUGCAGUCUUACCUGCUCUCUCUUCUCUUCUCCUUCCCUCUUUCUCCCUGCAGUGCCCUGAGGUGCGCCUCAACAUCAUCUCCAACCUGGACUGUGUCAACGAGGUGAUCGGCAUCCGCCAGCUCUCCCAGUCGCUGCUGCCCGCUAUCGUGGAGCUGGCCGAGGACGCCAAGUGGAGGGUCCGCCUGGCCAUCAUCGAGUAUAUGCCCCUGUUGGCUGGACAGCUGGUGAGUCCUCGGCUGCGUCCCAAACGGCACCCUAUUCCCUAUAUAGUGCACUACUGUUGAUCAAAGCCCUAAUAGGGUACCGUUUGUGACUCAACCCUCCAGCCCAACUUCAGGAGACAUCGGUCUGUCCCGUCCUCCCUUCCCCCUAAUCACACAUCUGUCUGUGGCCUACAUCUGCCUUGUGCCAUGCGUAUGUGCCACAGUUUAUGGUGGGCAAGUGCUGGUCACCCAAUAUCAUUGUAAAAAAUGGCUAUGCAAUGUAUAAGUAAUUCAGCUAGCUUUAUUUGUGCUUUCUAAGUAGAAAGUGGCAUACCCCAAAUUACUAUUCAGUAAUAGUGUUGCUCACACUGUAAUAUUUGAAGUGAAAAUAGUUUAGAAAUGGAUGAUCUUCUAAUCUCUUCUGCAGGGAGUGGAGUUCUUUGAUGAGAAGCUGAACACCCUCUGCAUGGCAUGGCUCAUUGACCACGGUAAGAACCCCCCCGAUACACACCACUCUCUGUUCAAUGCAUUUGUCCUGUGUCCACACCGUGAGAUGAGUCAGUGGGAGUAGUAGGAUACUAACGUUGGACAGAGGUGGGUCACAUCCCAGACGGACCAUGUCCCAUGCUGCUCUCUAAGCUAGCAGUUCUUCCGCCCUCCCCCGCAUCCUCUGUGGUUUGGGGGGGAGAGAGGGAGACGUGUCAGGCUGCAGCUCUCUCUCAGCCUCACGGCUGUGCCAGUGACAGGUCUGACAAGAACCCAGUGACUUGGACUGGGAGAGGCCAGGGAAAUGUUCACUCCUGCCCUCUCCUCUCUAGCUGAGCUGGAUAGAAUGGGAAACAUACUGUAAUACAGUCUGCAUCCCAAAUGGCACCCUAUCCCCUGUAUUGUGCACUACUUUUAACCAAUGCCCAUAGGGCUCUAGUAAAGAGUUGUGCGCUAUAUAGAGAAUGGGGUGCCAUUUAGGAUGCAAUCCAUACUGUAAUACACAAUCACAGGUAGGCAUUUGGAAUGAGCAAAUCAGCUAUUUUCUGCAGUAGCCUUCUCUAUUUUUACAGGGACAGGUUUUUGUGCAGCACAGGUGCAGAACGUAUAGAAAAUGUGAACAGGCAUCCUGGGGGGGGGAGCAAACCCUGUGGUAUCAAGAUACUACUCGGUAUCGUGAUACUUGGUCUGUUAUCAUCACAUCACUAGUAAAAUAUUGGUAUUGUGACACCCCUACUCUGAAAAUAGGCAAAUCUUCUUGCAGUUUACAGUUACUUUAUGUGUUUUGAAUGCGCUGGUGUGAUUUGGAGACCUUGUUGGCUACGUCUCUUCUGUCUGCCUUUUCACGUCGCCAGAAAUAAACAUUUUAACCUGCUCCUUUUUUAGAUGGUCCUACAGACAGGUUGGUUGUUUAGCAACAACCUGCACUUGUGCAACUAUGGGGCAAAACUGACGGGAUGAGUUAGCCUGUUGACAACAUGUAGACUAUAUUGAGUCUCCAAAUGUUUAUUGAAACAUAAAUACAUUUGCACCUGUCUCUCAAAAACAUUGUUAGUUGUUGGUUAGCUAGCUAGUGGCUGAGAGAACAUGUGCAGUUGUAAAGCACAUUUAUGGCCAUUGCUUAUACCCAGUUUUUAUGCUAUUCGAGUGACUCAAAUACUCAUUUCAGACAUAAGGAGAAAAAAAGAAUGUAUGUACACACACAGUGCUUUCGGAAAGUAUUCAGACGCCUUGACGUUUUUGCAAAUGUAUUAAAAUAAAAAAAAAACAGAAAUAUCACAUUUACAUAAGUAUUCAGACCCUUUACUCAGUACUUGUUGAAGCACCUUUGGCAGCGAUUACAGCCUCAAGUCUUCUUGGGUAUGAUGCGACAAGCUUGGCACGUGUAUUUGGGGAGUUUCUCCCAUUCUUCUCUGCAGAUCCCCUCAAGCUCUGUCAGGUUGGAUGGGGAGCGUCGCUGCACAGCUAUUUUCAGGUCUCUCUAAAGAUGUUCGAUCAGGUUCAAGUCUGGGCUCUGGCUGGGCCACUCGAACAUUGAGACUUGUCCCGAAGCCACUCCUGCGUUAUCUUGGCUGUGUGCUUAGGGUCGUUGUCCUGUUGGAAGGUGAACCUUCACCCUGUCUGAGGUCCUGAGCACUCUGGAGCAGGUUUUCAUCUGUACUUUGCUCCGUUCAUCUUUCCCUCAAUCCCAACUAGUCUCCCUGUCCCUGCCACUGGAAAACAUCCCCACAGCAUGAUGCUGCCACCACCAUACUUCACCGUAGGGAUGGUGCCAGGUUUCAUCCAGACGUAACACUUGGCAUUCAGGCCAAAGAGUUCAAUCUUGGUUUUAUCAGACCAGAGAAUCUUGUUUCUCAUGGUCAGUCGUUUAGGUGCCUUUUGGCAAACUCCAAGCGGGCUGUCAUGUGCCUUUUACUGAAGAGUGGCUUCCGUCUGGCCACUCUACCAUAAAUGCCUGAUUGAUGGAGUAUUGCAGAGAUGGUUGUCCUUCUGGAAGGUUCUCCCAUCUCCACAGAGGAACUCUGGAGCUCUGUCAGAGUGACCAUCGGGUUCUUGGUCACCUCCCUGACCAAUGCCCUUCUCCCCCAAUUGCUCAGUUUGGUCGGGCGGCCAGCUCUAGGAAGAGUCUUGGUGGUUCCAAACUUCUUCCAUUUUAAGAAUGAUGGAAACCACUGUGUUCUUGGGGACCUUCAAUGCUGCAGAAAUGUUGGUACCCUUCCCCAUAUCAUCUGUGCCUCGACACAAUCCUGUCUCGUCAACUGUGAGACCUUAGACCACAGGUGUGUGCCUUUCCAAUCAAUUGAAUUUACCACAGGUGGACUCCUAUUUGUAGAAACAUCUCAAGGAUGAUCAAUGGAAACAGGAUGCACCUCAGCUCAAUUUCGAGUCUCAUAGCAAAGGGUCUGAAUACUUAUUUAAAUAAGGUAUUUCUGUUAAUUUUUUUAAUACAUUUGCAAAAAAAUUCUAAACCUGUUUUUGCUUUGUCAUUAUGGGGUAUUGUGUGUAGCUUAAGGGGGAAAUGAUUUAAUCAAUUUUAGAAUAAGGCUGUAAUGUAACAAAGUGGAGAAGGGGUCUGAAUGCACUGUAUCAGUCAGUAACUGGCUAAUUGGGAGGGGUGGGGGCAGGGGGGCUGUUAAAAAAUGGGGGAUGUUUUAAAUGAGUGCUAAUUGAAUAUAGGGGAAGCAGUGCAUAACAUCAGCCAAAACAAGACUGAAACGAGCCACCUAUGAUUCCCCUCUUGGCAGCUUCUUGUUAUUGUUGCAAACUAUCUGACCAUUCAAUCGUAACUCGCACCUUCCGGCCACAUCGAUGCGCGCAUCAUAUUCGUGACAUUGUCAGCCAACCUGUCUAUAAAGCCUUGAACAGCAAGAUUGUAUGUCUUAUUGGCCUAUCACUCGAGUGCAUCUGUACUAAUCCUGUUUAGAAAAAAUGUAUUCUGAGAGCUGUCCUCAGUGUUUAGACUAGAUUAUCUUUGUCCUCCUCAGAACACCUGCUUUGUUUCUCGCAUGGAAGCAUCUCUUUAGCUCUGGGUGACAGUUUUCCCUAGUUACAGAUCUAGGAUCAGGAUUUCCUCCCCCAAUCCUAACCGUAGUUAUUAUUGGGGGAAAUGCAAAACUGACCCAUAGUCAGUGUCUAGGGGCAAUUUCACCACUGCAUACCUCAACCUACCUUAACAUCCCCCAUUUCCCUUCAGGAGUUAUGGAACAACCAUCAUGGCUGUAGGAAUAUAAGAAACAGGAUGCAGACGGGUCAAUAGUUGAACAUUACCUAUACAUUUGUCAGACACAGUGGCCGUGUCCAAAUACCUGUACUUGCGUUUUAAAUAGUAGGCUGAUUGGGUAUGGGGAAAAUAUACUGAACAAAAAUAUAAACGCAAUGUGCAACAAUUGUGUUGACAAAACUGCACAUUUUUGUGGCCUUUUAUUGACCCCAGCACAAGGUGCACCUGUGUAAUGAUCAUGCUGUUUAAUCAACUGCUUGAUAUGCCACACCUGUCAGGUGGAUGGAAUAUCUUGGCAAAGGAGAAAUGCUCACUAACAGGGAUGUAAACAAAUUUGUGCAUAAAAUUGAAGAAAAAGCUUUUUGUGCGUAUGGAACAUUUCGUGGAUCUUUUAUUUCAGCUCAUGAAACAUGGGACCAACACUUUACGUGUUGUGUAAGAGAAGCGUCUUUUCAAACCCACUUGUUUGACAACAGCUGAUAAGAGGAUGGGCUGUACCAAAAUGAACGAAUUGUGGGAAACAGCACAAUUAAGCAUUAGAUCAUAUUCUCAGGAUGGGUGUGCUUAGUAUGUUACUUGUUACUUACUGCAUACAUUUAUACUAAACAGUACAUUCAAAGUAGUAUGAUUAGUACACAGUGUUUUUAGUAAGACGUUGGCAAGACAGAUUUCUGACACGGCCAGUAUCACACAGGUUUUAAUAUCCCAUUGUGGCUCCAAAGCCUUUGCUCCACAGUCUAAUGGCAAUGUUCUUCUAGCCCCAGCUUGGCUCUCUAGCAGUCUCUUUAUGGCUGUAUUAAGGGCCAGAUGAUAGGGUUAGGUCAGUGGGUUAGAAAUGAGUUGUAACCAGGCCCCCUGGUCUCUCUGUCCAAAAGCUAGUAUCGAAUAUCAGGAAAUCAGGCUUGUGUGUACCCAGAUGUUAUGUCACUGUAUUCUGGGCACAAUUGAGUGUUUUUUUUUUUAGCAGUUCUGCAGUCACUAGCCUCUUUAGCCAUGAUUACUGAUGGGAAUGUUUUCUAUGCAAAUGGAAUGUUUGCCACUCUAUUUAUUUGUUACUUGGCAAACAAACUGUGACAAUAAGCCAAAGAUGGCUGCCAAACUGGAAUGGCUAGAAAAGCGCUCAAAAGAACCAAGAAUCCUGACAAAUGUUUUUUCAAGCGCCGGGUACUUGAGGUUUUUCCUGAGUAUUGUACUGACGGCCACUCGCUUGUAGAGUUUGGAUAUGUCUAUAUUGAACUUUGAUCUCUGUGUAAUUGAGUUUUGUACGCAUUUUCUUUUCGGUUAGAUCACCAUUUCAUUUGAGUAAUGCUAGUCAAUAGGUCCAACUAGUUCUAUUAAUAUUAUAGUUUUGUAAAGGAAAACCCUGACACUUUUUCCUGACUACUACUAAAAAGAAACUACUAGGCCUAACUGUAUCUAGUUCUACUGGCCAAGGUCUCUAAGCGUCUGUUUGUUUUCGCCAGUAUACGCUAUCCGCGAGGCAGCCACCUGUAACCUGAUGAAGCUGGUGGAGAAGUUUGGAGCCGAGUGGGCCCAGAACACCAUUGUGCCAAAGGUGCUAGGCAUGGCCAACGACCCCAACUACCUGCACAGGAUGACCACGCUCUUCUGCAUCAACGUGAGUCCUCAUGACCUUCACCACACACACACCCACCCUCAGAUACAAUAGGCGUAUACUACGAUGGAAGCAAGAUCUACUCAGGUUUUUAUAAAGCUAGCCAUAGUACGAAGGUGGAUAUUGAUCAUGUUGCUGCCGCCAACUCAAGCAGGCUUGUAACUUUGCGUGCGUGUCGCACAUGGCUAGUUGAAUGCCAAACUAUUCUUUGAGUUGAUGCUGAACCAUCAAUCCAUGGGCGAGUCAGUGCCACAUCUUCAUUUUUGCCGAAAUCAACAUGAAAGAAGUUCUUACAGAUUUAGCAGGCUAUGGUGUAAAAUAGGAUAUUAGAAGUGCAUAUUUUAUUACGUAUCAAUGCACAAACAGCUGUUUUUUCCCCACCAUAUCGAUAAAAUAAUUGAAUUUAGUCAUACAAAAGUUUUACUAUGCGUGAACUUUCAAAUGCUUGCUGUCAUUACUAAACGUUUAGUGAUGGGUAUUUUAAUAUUACAAAUUUUUAACACCUUUUGAUUCAUAAAAUAUUUAAUCAUUCGUCUUCCUCAAAUGAAGUGGAUGAUGACGCAAUCUUUGCGAAAGGGAGGGAAUCUGUUUUCAUUGGUCCUCACCUCGCUGCUCAGUCAUUUCAUUCAGGGUAAAUGGAGUGAGUGGCCUGCCCUGGAGCAGGUUAGUUCUGAAGGAUUCGCUGCCAUAGAAAUGUACCUGGCUAAAAGGUGAGGCACUUUCGUAUCACCGGUUAUCUCGAGUUUAACUCUGAAUUGACCAAAGUUACCUCGCUUACUCUUCAAACCUGAUUCGUAGUAUAGGGCACAUCUCAUUAAACCUCAGAUGGAUUUAAACCAAGUCAUCUUUGGCAAUCAUUUUACUUCUAAAACAAUCAUACUUUUUUUUUUUUUAAGGAAACUUUCUGUCCCAGUCAGUUAUUCUUGUCAUUUAUUAUUAUUUUACAUCUGAUAUUUUAGGCAUUUAUCAGAUGCUCUUAUCCAGAGCAACUUAGUCACUUGGGUCUAACCGAUCAUUUGUUUAUGCGUUGUUGGUUUCCGUGUCAUCCACCCCAGGCUCUGUCUGAGGUCUGUGGCCAGGACAUCACCACUAAGCAGAUGCUGCCCGUGGUCCUCAAGAUGUCCAAUGACCAGGUGGCCAAUGUGCGCUUCAAUGUGGCCAAGUCCCUCCAGAAGAUCGGCCCCGUCCUUGACAGCAAGUAGGUCCUCCUCGUCCACCACAAAGCCCUCGUUCAUAUCAUUCAGGCCUACCUGAACAACCAUCUCCAAUUAAUUGACCACAGUCUACAUCAGGGUUGUGUUCAGUAGGCACAAAACGGGAGCAAAUAUUAUGAAACUGAGACUCUUGCUUGAACUGGCCCAGUAAGGAUGCUCAUUUGAGUUAUUCCGUCACAGUAUGUUUUGCGUCUACUGAACACGACCCAGAUCUCCAUGUCCAAGCUUCAUUUCCUACCAGUCAGCUAAUCCAUUAUGGCACGGGAGUGUGGGAAAAUGUGUGCCCUGUGUGAAACGUUUUGUUUUUCUCAGUGCUCUGCAGACAGAGGUGAAACCAGUCCUGGAGAAAUUAGACACAGACACAGAUAUGGAUGUUAAGUACUUUGCCCAGGAAGCUAUAAGUGGUAAGUAUAGUACUCUGUCCAUUUUCUUCUUGUAUGAAGUCUCCUCACUAGGGCCAUGUUCAGUUAGGCACAUGUUGUGGAACGUUGCAGAUAGAAAUGUCCUGAAUAGAGCUGCCGUUAGUCCUUGUGCUACAUGUUUGUUAUACAUAAUAUGCCCUGCUGAAUGCAUUUCCUUCUUGUCAUUCUGAUUCCUUGUUUCUCCCCAUAGUUCUGGCCCUUGCAUAAACCAAGCUUGGCUAUCCAUAGGAAACAACAACCCAAGAUGUCACGACAUUGCAAACACUUUUCACAAUAUAUUUAUUGAUGUUCAAGAGCAACUGGUGAUGUAUGGAGAAUUAAUGGAGCCUAUUAACACCUAUUUUAAUGUUUUCUUUACUCUGUGAUAAUAAAAUGUCCAGGAAAAGCGCAGGCUAAGUUCCCCUCGCUGUAA